GUCAGAGCUUGCAGUUAGUCGAUUCCAUUGAAGUGUACAGAUUUUAAUUUUGCUCAGCAUGACCCUUCCAUUGAAAGAUUUGGAGGAGUUGGCUCGGACCAAAACUGUGCUUUUGAAAGAUUUUUUCCAGGCUGAACCACCCAGCACCAAGGGUGAGGAUCUCGUAGAAUUGUGGCGUCAAAUUUAUGACGAAGAAGUGAAAAGCACCGUGGUCAAAACUGCUCAGGGUCCUUCAGAUGAUCUAUCCAAUCCAGUUUUCCCUUACGAAAAACUUCAGGCCAUCGUUGGGGAUGGCGGGCACUGGAAAUGGCCUCGCAUCUGGCGACGCUUUGACGAGUUGGAACGGAGGGGGACAGCGUUUCGCCCGGGUGAUGCCGUGAAUUUCGAUCUUCCCAAUUCCAAUCCCAACAUUACAUCGCAGAAAGUUUUGGUGGUGGGAGGUGGCCCAGUAGGACUCCGCUUGGCCAUCGAGCUGAAGCUCGGUGGGCACCAGGUCACCGUCUUUGAGAAACGACGCGAACAUCGCAAUGCCCAAGGUGAGUUGCAGCAACUGGGUUUCACCAACAGGAUCAAUCGGCCACAUGUCUUCAACUUCUUGAGGAAUGACUUGGACCGCCUUAAUGGACGUGAUUUCAUGUCAUCCAAGAUGUGCUAUCCCGUUUUCACACAGGGUGAUACGUCUUCCAUAGGCAUUGAUGAACUGCAAUUGCUCCUCUUGAAGAAUGCCUUGCUGCUUGGGGUGGACUUCCAACUUGGGAUGAGCUAUGAAGAUGCCAAUAUCGUGCUGGACCCCAAGAACCAGAAACCACAGUGGCGAGUGAAGUUUAGCUGUGAUGAUCUGGCUGCUGAGCACUAUGGUCUGUCUCCGGGGACCCACGAGAGCAACUUUGAUGUGCUCAUGGGCUGUGAUGGUGCCCGCAGCCGAGUGCGCGAGUCUCAGAAAGGCAUUUUCGGUGAGGUUGACAAGAGGAACUUCAAAAAAAUGAUUGGAGUUGUCGCCAACAUCCAAAAAGUGUCCCGGCAACGCUUGAAAGAGCUGGGUUUCCCUAGUGGUCAGGAGCCCACAGACAUGAAAAGGGCUCAUUUGGCGAGUGGUGCUGGCAGCAUGACAGGCUUGAACUAUUACAAAGCGUCAUACCAUAACUAUGUGAUCUUCACCCCGAGUAAGGAAGACUUGCAACAAGCGGGCUUUGGAGGCAGCAUCUAUUCGUUCCAUGCGGGACGUGACAAGGUGAACCCCAACAAAGUCGAAGAGAAGGCAAAGUUGAAGCACUGGGUGCUAGAAAGGUGCAAGGAGGUGGGUAUUCCAGUGGAUGAGUCGCUGAGCAAUGGUGGCUUCGUGGAGGAGCCCAACGAUGUCAUGGCCUUCGAUUUCUCGGAGAUUUGGAAGUGCAAAAAGAAUUUCGCCUUCAACCUACCGCCUUUGACCUAUGACGUUCAGGAGCACGGCCCCUGGACAGGCUUGAGCCUGGUGCCUCCGAUAGGUCUGGUGGGCGAUGCUGUCACCGAACCCUUUUGGAUUGCUGGGGUGGGCUUGCAACGCGGCUGGAAUGGGGUGAUGGAUGCGUGUUACUUGAUUGACAACCUGUACAACAUGAGCUUUUCGGGUGGGGUGGACCCAUUGGAGACCACUUCCUGGAAUGAUCACAUCCAAAAGUUGCAGUCUGUGAUCCCCAAACUCUACGACUGCAGUCAUGACGGCAGAAUGACCCGAGAAGGCUUGCAAGGUGAACAUGCUGAUCAGGGUGUGGUCAUGAUGCAGUUGAACAAGCAGAUGAAGGACGCUGAAAAACCUCAAUGGCAGCUCCGAGUCGACCCUUGCUACCGCUAUGAACAGUUUGCCAAGCAGCUAGAAGAGAAGUACCGUGGGGCUCGGAUGCUCGAAAAUAUGCACCCGGUGGUGCGUCGAACAUUGGCUGUUCGGAAGUCAGAUGGCGACAGAAGUGAAGCUCCUGAUCUUCAUCAGAAGCUCCUGUCUGUAGAUGGACGACAGCUGGUGGUUGCUCCCGCGGCUUAUGAUCAUGUUCCUGUGGCUCAACCGGCUCAACCUUCUCAACCUCAACCCCCGCAGUUGCCGUUGAUUCCAGAGCCAGAAGUGGCCAAAAGGGCAUCCUCUAAGUCUGAGAACUUGCAAGCAAUGCUGUCCAAGCAGAUUGACGAGCAUGUGCAGCGAACUCGCAGCGCAGCCUUUGAUGAUGAGCGAUGGGUGGCCAUAGAUGCCUCACCCAAGGGUUUUGCAGAACUGGCAGAGAAACAGUGGGAUGUGAUGACUGAAAAACACCUGAACCCAGCUCAAAAAGCAGAGCUUCUGCAUGUGCGGAACAUGAUCAAAUCAUUGAAACAGCAGAUUGCAAGUCUCAAUAGCAGCUUGGAAGGCUUUCAGCGUGCUGAACGAGAACUUUUAACCAAUGCACAAGUCAAUUAGGUUCCCCCUUAAAAAAGUCAACACACUCCCGAGCUUCCAUUCCAAGAAUGAAGCUCUUAUGUUGUGCUUAGCAUGUUGAAUGGAAGCUGAUGUAAGCUGACGUUUCCAAUGUUCAUGCUGGCGGAAAAUCGGAGCGCCUUUCCAAAUGAGCCCUGUCUGGCCUGUCCGGUAGACGGCGUUUCUGUUCCUGCUUGGCUUGUCGCAUGUUGUGACAUUCUCGCACUUCGGCUUGCCGCAUUUCAUGCUCGCAGAAAGUUCAGCAAAUCUCAGCUAGGUAUGCCAUGGUAUGCCAACAUGCCCAGUUGAUAAGAAUCGGUAUCGUCCAAAUAGCCACAGCGUGAUGGCCGACUAAUUACUG